GUAUGAGUAUGGAAAAAUUAUUAGAAAAAAAGCUGAUUGGACAAAGAGAUUAGGUUUCGAGCAUCUUUUUAAGCGGGUACAGAAAAUCGUCCUGAUAUAAAUAAGCGCAUAUUUUCCCAUCUUUCCUUCACAUCCUUUCAAUUCUCUUUUUAACCUUAUCUACAUUGUCCAAAAAAUAUAAGCAUUUGCCACCAUGCUUUCAAAAUCAUCCAAUAUCACUCUUGAUUUACUCGAACCGACUAUUUAUGUUGAAUCCAACUCUGUCAACUCUAAUGUCAUCAGAGGUACCGUCAACAUUAACCUUCCCAAAACAACAACUGUCAAAACAUUAUCCGUGAUAUUUGAAGGACAGCUAGAUACAAAGAGUUAUUCUUUUGAAGCAAUUGAAUCUUCUGGUUCUUUCGCACGCAAGAAGCCUUUAGCUCGUCAACGUCUCGUAUUAUAUCCUACGCUUGAACAAGAAAAUGCAAGCCGUCCAUUAAUAUUAAAUGCUGGCCUAACUCAAUACGGAUUCGAGAUGCAAAUCCCUUCUGGGUUACCUGAAUCAAUUGAUUGCUCAGAAAUUAAAGUUGAAUAUAGCGUCACAGCUGUUAUGGACGUUUACCCGACCAAUUCGUUUCUCCGCGUCUCCCGAGGUUCUCAUAAAGAAACAUUCAAACAGUCUGUACGUGUGGCUCGCCUCCCCUAUGAAAAUGUAUUAAUGGGUGAUUCCAUGUCAGAACCGAUCGAUUCUCGUAGUCAUCAAGCCACUUGGCUCGAAUAUCAAAUUGUGGUUUCCAAAAAAGCAGUGGCUCUCGGUAAUAACUUACCAGUUACAUUCCGCUUUUCACCUACCCAUGAAGGAGUUAUUGUGGAUCGUGUCACUCUUCAAAUGCUUGAACGUCGAGACGUUCAUCGAGAUGUUACUCAUUCAAAUCAUUCUGUUUUCGGUAUUCAACCUUGCAAGAAAAAUGCUGUGACAUUUCCUCGUGGUGUUUUGAAAGAAUCUUGGGAGGGCACUGUUUCAUAUCAAAUCCCUAAUGGUAGAUCACUUUCUCAUUCAACACAAGAUUAUUCUGACUUUCGAGUCAGUCACACACUUUUGGUCUCCAUCACACUUUCUGUUCCUGGUACAGGCCGUUGUCGAGUUACAAAAUUGCUCACGUUCCAGGCUAAUAUUGAUUUGCUUGAUAAAACAAUUGGCGAUUUAGACACUUUGGAACUUCCCACAUACGACUCCCCUCCUCCCUUUGACAAUACCAAAGUUGUGUUUGGCGAAUACGAGCGUAAAUUCGCUGAUCCCCCUAAUUACUCUGAUAUAUGUGCUUAAAGCCAUCAUACUCUUUUAUACC